UUCAUCAGCAACAGAAGAUAUUGUGAAUGGAGUUGGUAGAGAUGCUUAGGAUUGACUUGGAAGAAGUAGACGGGCUGCUGUCGUGUAGUAUAUACUUGGAGUCCAUGUGCUGGGAAUUCUCUCUUCUCUCCCUGUGAAGAUGGCAAGGCUUCGGCAGUAAAGGAAUGUCCCCUAUUUAUAAAAGCCCCGACUGUGCUAUUCCAAUGAUUUGCCACUGUAAAGUUGCAUGUACCAACAACACGUUAUCGUUGAUGUUUGGCUGCAAGAAAUAUCGUUACCAAGAUGAGGAUACCCCUCCGCAUGACCACUCGCUUCCACGGCUUACCCACGAUGGGAAAGGUCCAGAGCUCGUCCAUGUGUCUGAAAAGAACCUCUCUCAAAUCGAAAAUGUUCACGGCUAUGUGAUGCAAUCACAUAUAUCACCACUAAAGGCAAGUCCUGCACCAAUAAUUGUGAAUACAGACACUCUGGAUACUAUUCCUUACGUCAGCUACACCCCAUUUCAUGAAAAUGCAAUCAACGGCUCAGAGAUUGAAUAUGAAUUUGAAGAAAUUACAUUGGAGCGGGGUAAUUCGGGAUUGGGAUUUAGUAUCGCCGGCGGCAUAGAUAACCCGCACGUCGGCGACGACCCAGGGAUAUUCAUUACAAAGAUUAUCCCCGGCGGAGCAGCAGCUGAAGAUGGGAGACUCCGGGUCAACGACUGCAUUCUGCGAGUGAAUGAAGUGGAUGUUUCUGAAGUCUCACACAGCAGAGCGGUAGAAGCACUUAAAGAAGCUGGUUCUAUUGUCCGACUCUAUGUUCGUAGAAGAAGACCCAUUCUGGAAACUGUGGUAGAAAUCAAACUAUUCAAAGGCCCGAAAGGUUUGGGAUUCAGUAUUGCCGGAGGAGUUGGAAACCAACACAUUCCUGGAGAUAAUAGUAUUUACGUAACCAAAAUAAUUGAUGGAGGGGCAGCACAAAAAGAUGGUCGACUACAAGUUGGAGAUCGGCUACUCAUGGUCAAUAACUACUGUCUAGAAGAAGUGACCCAUGAAGAGGCAGUGGCAAUUUUGAAAAACACAUCUGACGUUGUUUACCUAAAAGUGGGGAAACCUACAACCAUAUAUAUGAAUGAUCCCUACGGUCCCCCGGAUAUCACUCACUCCUAUUCUCCACCUCUGGAAAGCCACAUACUGAGUUCCGCCAACAAUGGGACAUUGGAGUACAAGAGCUCCCUAGCUCCCAUCUCUCCUGGGAGGUACUCCCCAAUCGCAAAGCACAUGCUCGUGGAGGAUGACUACACCAGGUCCUUGGAACCCGUUUACAGCACUGUUAAUAAACUCGGCGAAAAACCUUCUUCUCCACGAGAAUAUUCUCCUAUAGAAUGCGACAAAAGCUUCCACCUGCCAUCUGCCUAUCCCAAUUUCCAUGGAAGCCUCCUCAUCGACUCAGAGAUGUCUAGGGAACCCCGGAAAGUGAUACUGCACAAAGGGUCAACAGGACUGGGGUUCAACAUUGUCGGGGGAGAAGAUGGAGAAGGAAUUUUCAUAUCCUUUAUCCUAGCUGGCGGGCCGGCAGAUCUGAGCGGGGAGCUGCAGCGAGGGGAUCAGAUCCUAUCAGUUAACGGCAUUGACCUCCGCGGUGCUACGCACGAACAAGCGGCAGCUGCUCUUAAAGGUGCAGGACAGACGGUGACAAUGGUAGCACAAUACCAACCAGAAGAGUACGCUCGAUUUGAGGCAAAAAUCCAUGAUCUACGUGAGCAGAUGAUGAAUCACAGUAUGAGUUCUGGCUCCGGCUCCCUGAGAACUAACCAAAAGCGUUCACUAUACGUAAGAGCCAUGUUCGACUACGAUAAAAGCAAAGACAGCGGUCUCCCUAGCCAAGGGCUGAGCUUCAAAUAUGGGGAAAUCCUUCAUGUUAUCAACGCUUCCGACGAUGAGUGGUGGCAAGCGAGGAGAGUCACAGAGGAUGGGGACAGUGAGGAGAUGGGUGUCAUCCCCAGCAAACGAAGGGUGGAAAGGAAGGAACGCGCACGGUUGAAGACAGUAAAAUUUAAUUCAAAGCCAGGAGUUAUUGAUGCCAAAGGGUCAUUCAAUGACAAGCGUAAAAAGAACCUCAUCUUUUCACGAAAGUUCCCAUUCUACAAGAACAAGGAGCAGAGUGAUCAGGAAACAAGUGACCCGGAAAGAGGCCAAGAAGACUACAUUUUAUCAUAUGAACCUGUCACAAGACAAGAAAUUAAUUACACCAGGCCUGUUAUUAUUCUGGGUCCUAUGAAAGACCGGAUCAAUGAUGACCUCAUCUCCGAAUUCCCGGAUAAAUUUGGCUCAUGUGUUCCACAUACCACAAGACCAAAGAGAGACUAUGAAGUAGAUGGAAGAGAUUACCAUUUUGUCAUCUCAAGAGAACAAAUGGAAAAGGAUAUUCAAGAGCACAAAUUCAUAGAGGCCGGGCAGUACAAUGAUAACUUAUACGGGACGAGCGUACAAUCAGUAAAAUUCGUGGCAGAAAGGGGCAAGCACUGUAUACUGGACGUAUCAGGAAAUGCUAUCAAGCGACUUCAAGUAGCACAACUUUACCCCAUAGCCAUCUUCAUUAAACCUAAGUCUGUGGAGUCAUUAAUGGAAAUCAGCAAACGUCUCACAGAAGAACAAGCUAAGAAAACCUUUGACCGGGCACUCAAGUUAGAACAAGAAUUUGGAGAGUUUUUUACAGCUAUUGUUCAAGGUGACACUUUGGAAGAUAUAUAUAACUCGUGCAAAUUGGUAAUCGAAGACCAGUCGGGGCCUUUUAUCUGGAUUCCUUCGAAGGAGAAGCUAUAACUUAGCCGCAGAUGGGAUUGAAAGCUGGGAGAAUGCUCUAUUAUUUGAAAGGGGUUUUUUUUUAUGGUUCAUUGUAAUUAGGAUCUUGAAGUCUGUGAACUGUUAAUGAAUGUAGAACAAACGGCGUGUCACAGGCUGAGACUCGAAACAAACGGUGAGUGCCCAUUGCGGUGUCGAUGGGGCGAACAAUGCAUUGAGGGGAACUACUCCUUGACCCCUCGAUCAACCCCUACCUAUAGGAAAGAACAGCGCUACAAGCCCCAUAAACAUCUUUAUAUACUCUUGGCAUGGAAUAUCAACCAUAGAAAUGCAUCGUACCACCAGAAUGCAAGAGACAUCGAGUUCUUCUGUGCUUGCUGAGCUCACCGAAAUAUCAUAUUCCAACCUCGUUAGGCUUUUCCUAAUCAAUGGCGCACAUCGGUAUCCCUUUCAUCCACUCGGAAAAUACAUUGAUUUUUUUUUAUUAUUAUUAUUAUUAAUUUAUUAAAUGGCCAAUUUUGCAUUGACCUGACAAGCAAGUGAAAUAUCAUAAAACAAGCAAACAUGCCCGUGAAUUAAAAAAAAGGGUUAAAUAGCAUGUUUAAUACAAACAUUCGUUUAUAAAGGAUGGUUUUACGUUGACGUCUUUUGUGUUCUGUGUUUCUGCUUAGUCUUCGAUUACAUCACGUCAGUUAUGUUAAAUGUUACAAUAGAUUACUAUACUCAAAACCAUUAUUUUAUGUGGCCAAACCCCCCCCCACAAAGAAUAAAGGUCUGCGUAAAGCAUCAAAAAUAGUGAUAUUAAUUCUAUUAUCUUUUAAUUCUCUUGUUUUUAGCUGAAACCUUUUUUUUUUUCAAUAAAUAAAAAAAAUGUAUGUAUUAUGUAGAAAAAAAA